GUUCGCAGAAGAACAUUUGCGAGGAUAGAACUGUUGUUAAUGAAUUGUUCCUUGUAUUCUUGUAUUUACGUCGGAAGCCUGUUAUUGUCAGUUUCGAACACAAACGUCCGAAAUUAUGACAAAUUGAGGAAAUCGUCUUUCGAUUUAACAUCACGAAAUUCCCGCGGGUAAGGUGAAGUGCGUGAAGAGAAUUUCAAGCCAGAUGUCAGCUCAGAUGCAACUUUCCCUUCUAGAUGAAGGAGGUUUGGAUCUUCACACUGGACUGACUUCUGCAUAUUCCUCAAAAUCUUCAGAUGGUCAGUGGAUGGCGAAAAACCAAGAAUUUGAGAAGGAACAAGAAGCCAUUGUCACAACACAAUGUGAGGACAAUGAUGUUAAUGCAAAGGUGUUGCAAAAUAAGAAUCGUAAUGGAAACAAAAGAGUUUAUGAAUGCCAUGUGUGCCUUAAACGAUUUGGUGCUCCAUCCAAACUAAAAAGGCAUUGUCUUAUUCACACGAAUCAGAGGCCAUUUCAGUGUUCCAUAUGCUUUCGUGCCUUCAGAGAAUGCUCUCAUCUAAAAGUACACUUCAGAUCUCACACCAACCCUUCAUCACCUGUCACAACUGCCAGAAAAAGGAUAUUUCCAGUAUCCAAGUCUUCUGAUCGCAUGUGUACGCUUCAACUCAAAAAGAAAAGUGGAUAUCAGUGUGAAAUAUGCUUGAAAAAAUUCAGUUUCCCCUCGAAACUAACUCGACACCUGUUUGUUCAUUUUGACGUCAAGGCUUACACUUGCACAAUCUGCAGAAAGUCAUUCAAGCAAGCCUAUUAUCUCCAUAAACAUCUCAAGGUACACACAGAAAAAAGAAAUGGCAAUUCUAGGUUGUGUAGCAUCCCGCAGAAGCAAGGGGCCAAAUCUCCAACACCUGGAGCUUUUGAAUGUACAAAUAACUGCAGACUAGAUGGGGGUAAUGUGUGUUUACCUCAGAUAUUAGACUCUUUAGAGACCAAAAAGCAUGAAAAACCUGAAUGCCGAAGCAAGCUUAACCAAAACGUCCAAUUGAUAAAGUCAAAUUCAAGUACCAUAGAGAUUAAAAGCUCUGACACUUUGAAAAAUGCUGAAGUGCAGCUCACAACCUCCAGCCCAGUUUACCUUAAGCACACGCAUAAAGGUGUGAAUCAGUGCAGCAUCUGUCUGAAGAACUUUCCAUAUCCUUCUAAGCUUGCCAGACAUAUUUUGAGUCACACAGAUGUCAGACCAUUUAAGUGCCACGUGUGCUUGAAAUCAUUUCGAUAUCGGUGGCAUCUGCAGUGCCAUGUGAGGAUCCACAACAAAAAGGGUCAGAAUAUAAUUGCUGGUCAUUUGGAACAGGAUUGUACAGUUUCAUUUAGUAAUGCUGCAAAAUCUGAAGAACAAGAUGUGCAAAUACCCUCACAAGAUGGAGCUGAAAACUCUGCUAAAGUUCACAAAGAUCAAAAUAUGGUUAUGGAUUCUCAAAAAACGAGUGGUGACUGCAGUGAUUCAGGUGUAUAUUUGCAAGAUUCCCUUCUAAAUAAAGAAGGUUUGGAUCUUCACACUGGACAGAGUUACGCAUAUCCUUCCAAACACUCAGAGGGUCAGUGGAUGGAGGAAAACCAAGGAUCUGAGCAUGGACAAGAAGCCAGUGUCACAACACAAAGUAAGGACAAAGAUGUAAAUGCAAAAGUGUCGCAAGGUAAGAAUUUUAAUGGAAGCAAAAGAGUUUAUGAUUGCCCUGUGUGCCAUAAACGGUUUGGUGCUCCAUCCAAACUAAAAAGGCAUUGUCUUAUUCACACGAAUCAGAGGCCCUUUCAGUGUUCCAUAUGCUGCCGUGCCUUCAGAGAACGCUCUCAUCUAAAAGUACACUUCAGAUCUCACAAUAUCCAUGAGAAGCGGAGAGCACCAUCACUCCAGAGCUAUAGAGACAAUAGUGUGCCCUGUAAUCGAGCAUCUAAGUCAAAUUUAAAACCCUCUCCAAAACAACCAACUGCCCAAGACUAUACCAAAUCAACAGAUAAAGAAAAGUCAACAGUGCACCAAGACCAAAAUAUGGUUACAGAGAAUAUGGCAUCUCAAAAAAUAAGUGGUGACUGCAAUGAUUCAGGCGUAUAUUUGCAAGAUUCCCUUCUAAAUGAAGGAGGUUGGGAUCGUCACACUGGACAGAUUUCUGCAUAUUCUUCCAAACCUUCAGAAGGCCAGUGGAUGGAGGAAAACCAAGAAACUGAGGAGGAAAAAGAAGCCAGCGUCACAACACAAAAUGAGGACAAGGAUGUAAAUAUGAAGGUGUUGCAAAGAAAGAAUUCUAAUGUAAACAAAAGAGUUUAUGAUUGCCCUGUGUGCCAUAAACGGGUUGGUGCGUCAUCCGAACUAAAAAGGCAUUGUCUUAUUCACAUGAAUCAAAGGCCAUUUCAGUGUUCCAUAUGCUGCCGUGUCUUCAGAGAACGCUCUCAUCUAAAAGUGCACAUCAGAACUCACAUCAACCCUGUGAAGAGGACACGAUCACUCCACAGCUAUAAGGACAACAGUGUGCCCUGUAAUCGAACACCCAAGUCAAGGUUAAAACCCUCUCCAAAAUAUCUAACUGUCCAAAACAAUGCUAGUUCAACAGAAAAACAACAGUCAACAGUUCACCAAGAUGAAAAUAUGGUUACAGAGAAUGUGGCGUCUCAAAUUAUUAGUGGUGACUGCAGUGAAUCAGAUGUAUAUUUGCAAGAUUCCCUUCUAAAUAAAGGAGGUUGGGAUCGUCACACUGGACAGAGUUCUGCAUAUUCUUCCAAACACUCAGAGGGUCAGUGGAUGGAGGAAAACCAAAAAACUGAGGAGGAACAAGAAGCCAGCGUCACAACACAAAAUGAGGACAAGGAUGUAAAUGCGAAGGUGUUGCAAAGAAAGAAUUCUAAUGUAAACAAAAGAGUUUAUGAUUGCCCUGUGUGCCAUAAACGGUUUGGUGCUCCAUCCAAACUAAAAAGGCAUUGUCUUAUUCACAUGAAUCAAAGGCCAUUUCAGUGUUCCAUAUGCUGUCGUGCCUUCAGAGAACGCUCUUAUCUAAAAGUACACUUCAGAUCUCACAAUAUCCAUGAGAAGCGGAGAACACCAUCACUCCAGAGCUAUAGAGACAAUAGUGUGCCUUGUAAUCAAGCAUCAAAGUCAAGGUUAAAACCCUCUCCAAAACAACCAACUGCCCAAGACUAUACCAAAUCAACAGAUAAAGAAAAGUCAACGGUGCACCAAGAUGAAAAUAUGGUUACAGAGAAUAUGGCAUCUCAGAAAAUAAGUGGUGACUGCAAUGAUUCAGGCGUAUAUUUGCAAGAUUCCCUUCUAAAUGAAGGAGGUUGGGAUCGUCACACUGGACAGAUUUCUGCAUAUUCUUCCAAACCUUCAGAAGGCCAGUGGAUGGAGGAAAACCAAGAAACUGAGGAGGAAAAAGAAGCCAGCGUCAAAACACAAAAUGAGGACAAGGAUGUAAAUACGAAGGUGUUGCAAAGAAAGAAUUCUAAUGUAAACAAAAGAGUUUAUGAUUGCCCUGUGUGUCAUAAACGGUUUGGUGCUCCAUCCGAACUAAAAAGGCAUUGUCUUAUUCACACAAAUCAAAGGCCAUUUCAGUGUUCUAUAUGCUGCCGUGCCUUCAGAGAACGCUCUCAUCUAAAAGUGCACAUCAGAACUCACAUCAACCCUGUGAAGAGGACACGAUCACUCCACAGCUAUAAGGACAACAGUGUGCCCUGUAAUCGAACACCCAAGUCAAGGUUAAAACCCUCUCCAAAAUAUCUAACUGUCCAAAACAAUGCUAGUUCAACAGAAAAACAACAAUCAACAGUUCACCAAGAUGAAAAUAUGGUUACAGAGAAUGUGGCGUCUCAAAUUAUUAGUGGUGACUGCGGUGAAUCAGAUGUAUAUUUGCAAGAUUCCCUUCUAAAUAAAGGAGGUUGGGAUCAUCACACUGGACAGAGUUCUGCAUAUUCUUCCAAACACUCAAAGGGUCAGUGGAUGGAGGAAAACCAAGAAACUGAGGAGGAACAAGAAGCCAGCGUCACAACACAAAAUGAGGACAAGGAUGUAAAUGUGAAGGUGUUGCAAAGAAAUAAUUCUAAUGUAAACAAAAGAGUUUAUGAUUGCCCUGUGUGCCAUAAACGGGUUGGUGCUCCAUCCGAACUAAAAAGGCAUUGUCUUAUUCACACGAAUCAGAGGCCCUUUCAGUGUUCCAUAUGCUGCCGUGCCUUCAGAGAAUGCUCUCAUCUAAAAGUACACAUGGAAAUGCAUAAUGUCCCUGUGAAGUGGAGAACACCAUCACUCCAGAGCUACAGAGACAACAGAGUGUCCUGUAAUCAAGCAUCUAAGUCCAAGUUAAAACCCUCUCCAAAAUAUCUAACUGCCGACAAUGAUACCACUUCAACAAAUAAACAAAAGUCAACCGUGCAACAAGAUCAAAAUGUGCUUACAGAGGAUGCGAGUGGUGGCUGCAGUGAUUCAAGUGUAUAUUUGUCAAAAGGUACUAGCCCUUUAGAGAAUGUUGAGAACAAGGUUGUUUUCUGGUGCAACAACAAAUCAGCUUGGGGUCUGACACAUAAAACUGACAUCUUGCUUGAUGGGAAAAAGGCAUCUGACAUUGUGCCUUUUGGCAGGGUGAGUGACUGGCCACCCAAAACUGACUCAUCUCGCCAUCAUUGUGCUCCCGAAUCAAGAACUGAGGAAAAAUGGGCACAUCACAUGGAUGAUAUUGAAGAUUGUGUCUUUGUGGACUCUGACACUGUUGUGACACAGUGUGUCCCUGAUUCUUAUGAGCCCAGUUCUUGUCAGUAUCAACAGAAACCUGAUGAUCCCAGACUCCCAGAAGUUGUUGUGGAGCUUGAGGACAUUGAGGAUCCAGGUGAAUGCUUUAUCAAACCUUCACAUGACCUCCCCUUUUGUCCUGACUGUAGUCAGAGUUUCCGCACGAUUAGGAACUUAUAUGCACAUAAUUGUACAAACAGAUAUCCUGAAGGGGAAAUGAAGAAAUCCCACCAGUGUGACAUUUGCUUCAAAUUCUUCAAUGCACCAUCCAAAUUGAAGAGACACUAUGUUACUCACACCGGUCAGAGGCCGUUCCAGUGCACACAGUGUCAGAAGUCCUUCACACAGUCCCAUCAUCUAAAAACACACAUGCUGUCCCACAGGUAGAAGGGUUACUCAAGGGUUGUCCAAAGAUAUGACCAAACCAAAAGGGUUUUCAAUUGUAUUUCAGUUGUGUGCUAUGAA